AUGACUCCUUCCCUUUCCAAUGUCUUCUUUCGCAUACCAUUGCCAACAGAGCACGUCACAACUCAGCAGAAAACAUGUACCGAUGAUUCGAAGAUAGAUCGUAGAGGCUUCCUCAGAGUUCCACUCUCGUUACAUGUGGUUGAGGGUGGGAGAGGAUCUCCAAGUAUUCUUAGAUUAUUGCAUUCUGCAAAAAAUUCACAUGGUCAUUGGGGCAUGAAAGAGGAGGAAAAUUCACCUUCAGCAGAUUUCCCAACAAGCAAGUAUCACGGUUAUGUUACAACUAUCCAACCCCUGAGUACCCUGGGCUUUUUUACUCUCUCUCUCUCUCGUUACACCCCCUAUCCUGCAUUCCCUCUCUGUGCCUUUUGCUUCCUGCUUGAUACCUCUCACAACAAGUUUCGCUUCUCUCUGAUAGUAAACUUGACUUGCUUGUUGACAUGUCUGACCUUCAGGCUGCGAAUCUGUAUAUUAUCAGCUCAACAAUUGACCUUCUACAUUUAUUUUUCUAAUGAGAGCAUGUCCCAAGAGACAUCCGAAGAUAAGUAA